AUGUCGGGCCUGCCGAGUAUUCGCCACGCAACGAAACAAGAUGUUCCCACCAUCCUAGCAUUCAUCAAAGCAGGCGCCUCGGACACCAACUCUCUGGACCUCGUCAAGGCCACGGAAUCCACCCUCGAGCAGACACUCAUCUUCGAAGGACCGUCGGACCAAGCGGCCUCACAAUCUCCUAGGCCAGGAUACGCGAGGGUUAUUCUCCUCAUCGCUCCCGAAGGCGAAACUGCUGGCAUGGCGGUGUAUUACUAUAACUACUCCACCUGGCGUGCAGAACCAGGAGUGCUCCUAGAAGAGCUCUAUGUGAGACCAGAGUAUCGACGGAGAGGCUAUGCUAGACAAUUGAUCAGAGAAUUAGCCAAGGAAUCAAAAAGAAUCAAUGGUUCGAAAGUGGAGUGGGUAUGUCUGCGGAAUAAUGCACCGGCCCUGAAAUUGUAUGAGAGUCUGGGAGCGAUCCGCAAGGAGGAUUGGGUGACACUUUGGAUAUAUGGGGAUGCGCUAGAUAAACUGGUAGGGGAAGAAUAA